GUUUCAGUAAACUAACCUUACAGGCUUGCACGUGAGCAGAUAAUUGGUCCAUUUCUUAAACUCAAUUUUCAACUCCUUUUCUCUGUCUGAUCAGAAUUCCUGGAGCCAGGAGAUCUUGAAAAGACAAAGCAACAGACAAUCCCCUCUCCGCCUGGCCGCCAAAAAUCCUUUUUGUUUUGGGUACUAGAAAAGAAUUAAGACGACAACGCACUAAGUCGAGGCCAACCAGAGAAAGAUGGCUUCAGACGUGCCCUGUUGUGGGGCUGAAUUCUUAUUGUAUCUGCUGAUUAUAGUCGGGUUGGUGUGCUUUGCUGGGUUGAUGGCCGGGCUAACACUGGGUCUCAUGUCGCUGGGCCUCGUCGACCUUGAAGUCCUCAUCAAGUCUGGCCGUCCUCGAGAUCGUAUCCAUGCCUCCAAGAUAUUUCCUGUGGUAAAGAAUCAGCAUCUUCUACUAUGUACUCUAUUGAUUGGAAACUCAUUGGCAAUGGAGGCUCUUCCCAUUUUUUUGGACAAGCUUGUGCCUCCAUGGGCUGCAAUUCUGAUAUCAGUGACUCUUAUCCUCAUGUUUGGAGAGAUAUUGCCACAAGCUGUUUGUACUCGUUAUGGCUUGAAAGUUGGAGCAGCAAUGGCACCUCUUGUCCGUGUUCUUCUUUUUCUAUUCUUACCAAUUUCUUAUCCAAUUAGCAAGGUUUUGGACUGGAUGUUAGGUAAGGGACAUGCUGUCCUCCUACGGAGAGCAGAGCUAAAGACUUUUGUGGAUUUUCAUGGCAAUGAGGCUGGGAAAGGUGGGGAUCUAACUCACGAUGAGACAACUAUCAUUGCCGGGGCACUUGAAUUGACCGAAAAGACUGCAAAAGUUGCCAUGACGCCAAUAUCAAAUGCAUUUUCCCUUGAUCUGGAUACAACUCUUGAUUUGGAAACAUUGAAUAAAGUAAUGACAAUGGGUCAUAGCAGAGUUCCAGUUUAUCAUGGAAACCCAACAAACAUAAUUGGACUCGUUCUGGUCAAAAAUCUUUUAACAAUUGAUUCAGUAGAAGCAGUUCCUCUGAGAAAAAUGAUCAUAAGAAAAAUCCCACGGGUAUCAGAGGACAUGCCACUAUAUGAUAUUCUUAAUGAAUUCCAAAAAGGUCACAGCCACAUUGCUGUGGUAUAUAAGGAUCUGAAUGAGAACAAAGAAUCGGUGAAGAAAGGUAAAGAGGGUGAACGACUUGAGUUUAAGGACAGCUGUAAGAAGUGGAAAGGUCAACCUGAGACAGUGACAUCAAGAAAAGAUGAUCAUGAGGUUGGUGUCAGUACCCAAAAACCAGGGCUUACAUUGGACUCACAAGAUGUUCAGACACCCGUGACUAACAGUGAUGGAGGUCAACAGAAAAAGAAGAGUCCACCAGCUACUCCUGCCUUUAAGAAGCGGCACAGAGGUUGUUCAUACUGUAUUCUGGACAUUGAAAAUGCUCCUAUUCCACAAUUCCCAUCUAAUGAAGAGGUUGUAGGUGUUAUCACCAUGGAGGAUGUUAUUGAAGAACUUCUUCAGGAGGAGAUAUUAGAUGAGACAGAUGAGUACGUCAAUAUCCACAACAGGAUAAAGAUCAACAUGCACGCAUCCCAGGAAGAUGCUCUGACUUUGAACUCGACACAACCUUUUUCAACUGGCACCUCUGUCACCGGCACCCUGACCCCUGCAUCACCAAUGCCUGCGGGACAUCUCCCUCAACAUUCCCCCGUCUCCCCCAACUUGGCAGCCCCUGGUCCCACACCAACCCUUUCAAUCUCUACCAGUACUUCAAAUGCAGGUUCACCUGCCACAACACAUUAGACUUCAGGAGAAGACUCAUUAAAGGAUAGGUGAAACUUCAGCUUUUUCACAUUUUCCCUAUGAAGUGAUAAUCAAAUAUAGACCGAGCCAGAAAAAACAUACAAGCUAAGGAUUAGUUACUUGGUAAGAAUCAAUGGCGUACCCUACUUAAAUAUCAGGCAUGCUGCCUGUAGGAAACAUGCAAUCAUAUAGAGAGAAUGGAUGCGUCAUGUGUUCUGGUUUAAUAGAUAAGAACUCAACUAGACAACGUUCGAUGUAGAUAGAUCAUGAUUGUUUUAUGUAAAGUCAGCAUGAAAUCAUCAGUUUUCAUUUAUUUCAAAGCAUUCAUACUCAAAACUCAAUACUCUUUUCUUGAAGAGAAUGGCACGAAGAUGGCAAGUAGAAUGGAGAAGAAAUGUAGUUGUUCCUUUU